AUGAGCUUGAAAGAAGUAUUCGAACAACAUCCAUGGAGGUCAUUUAAGAAGUUCAAUGAAGCUGCAAAGAGUUGGGGAUUUACUAACAGAGCUGAAGUGAAAAGGUUCUUUGACAAAAAUGUUGUACAUCAAACAAAAAUAAACCCUUACGACUACUUUUUACCAAUUUACUCCAACGCUCCUGACGCAUACCAAUUUGACACUCUCAUUCAAAGCAGAAAAGGAGGACAUAAACCAUUCCUCAUCUUCAUUAAUGUUAACACUCGUAAAGCAUAUGCAUAUCCAAUGAAAAAUAAAGGAACUCGUGAAGUGUUAAGAGUUUUACAAAAGUUUGUAGCAGAACAUAGCCCAAGUACUUUAACAUCAGACCAAGACAGUGCAUACCUCAGCAAUGAAAUCACAGAUUUUCUCAUUAAGCAUAACAUAACUCACUACACUACUGAAGACCAUAACCAUAACAUACUCGGCAUCAUAAACCGCUUCAUAAGGACUCUCAGAGAUUUAAACCAAGAGCGAGACUUUACCGAAG